AUGAAGCGUAGCAAGCAUCGAGCCUCCAAGAAUGAUGGCAAAGGUCAAGAUGAGCCGGCCAUCCUAGAGACGGAGGAUAUGAGGAUGCCAGACCCUGACACCAUCUCACUCGCAUCAGUCACUGCCGUCACAACCAAUGUCUCCAAUAAGAGAUCAAAGCCUGACAUCAAGAUUGAGCCUAGUGCUGGAAGACCAGUUGAUUUCCAAGUUAGUGUCACUGUUAUUGAGGCCAGACAGCUGGUGGGUCUGAACAUGGAUCCAGUGGUGUGUGUAGAAAUUGGUGAUGAAAAAAAAUACACCUCAAUGAAGGAGUCGACCAACUGCCCUUACUACAAUGAGUACUUCGUUUUUGACUUCCACGUUCCUCCUGAUGUCAUGUUUGACAAGAUCCUGAAAGUGUCAGUUAUCCACUCUAAAAAUCUUUUGCGAAGUGGGACGCUGGUCGGGAGCUUCAAGCUUGACGUGGGCACAGUUUAUACACAACCUGAACAUCAGUUCUUCCACAAAUGGGCCACUUUAUGUGACCCCGAUGACAUCACUGCAGGAUGCAAAGGCUAUGUCAAGUGUGACGUCGCAGUUGUUAAAAAGGGCGACACUCUGAAAACUCCACACAAAACAAAUGAAACAGAUGAGGAUGACAUUGAGGGUAAUCUUCUGUUGCCAGAUGACGUCCCAGCUGAGCGUCAAUGGGCAAGAUACUAUGUGAAAAUCUACCGAGCCGAGGGGUUGCCCAAAAUGAACACCAGCAUUAUGGCAAACGUCAAAAAAGCCUUCAUUGGAGAAAAUAAGGACUUGGUUGAUCCGUAUGUCCAGGUGCAAUUUGCAGGACAGAAGGGAAAAACUUCAAUUCAGAAGAGCAGCUAUGAGCCGAUCUGGAAUGAGCAGAUCGUUUUCACAGAGCAGUUUCCACCUCUGUGCCGGAGAAUGAAAGUCCAGAUCCGCGAUUCAGAUAAAGUGAACGAUGUGGCCAUCGGAACGCACUUCAUUGACCUGCGGAAGAUUGCUAAUGAUGGAGACAAAGGCUUUCUUCCGACUCUUGGGCCAGCUUGGGCCAACAUGUACGGCUCCACACGCAGCUACACGCUCAUGGACGAGUACCAGGACCUGAAUGAAGGACUAGGGGAAGGGGUUUCGUUCAGGGCCCGGCUGCUGAUCAGUCUGGCCGUGGAGAUACUGGAUACCUCCUCUGCUGAAGUAAUGUGCUCCACUGAGGUGCAGGUGGAGGGAGUUUCCAACAUCUCAGAUAAUGCCACGGGAAAAAUUGAGGAGUUCUUUCUCUUUGGAUGUUUCCUUGAGGCCACUAUGAUUGACAGGAAGAUUGGAGACAAACCCAUCAACUUUGAGGUUACAAUAGGAAACUAUGGCAGUGAACUCGAUACUCCAACCAAGCCAAAAACAAAGAAGAGGAAGGGUGGCGAUGACGAGGAGUCUGAGCUCAUUCACGGCUCUAGUGACGAGGAGGUGGAUGAUGGUGGAGAUAUGACCUCAGUUUCCAGCACUCCUCCAAUGAAGCCAGUCAUCACUGACAGAAACUAUUUCCACCUCCCGUACUUUGAGAGGAAGCCCUGCAUUUUUAUCAAGAGCUGGUGGCAGGACCAAAGAAGACGACUUUAUAAUGCAAACAUCAUGGACAGAAUUGCAGAUAAAUUGGAAGAAGGGUUAAACGAUGUACAGGAGAUCAUUAAAACAGAGAAAGCCUAUCCUGAGCGCAGACUCAGAGGAGUCCUGGAGGAACUCAGCUUUGGCUGCAGUACCUUUGUAACUUUAGCAAACAAUGAUCAGAAUCAGACUGGGAAGACUAAACUGGACCGGGAGAGACUGAAAUUAUGCAUGCAGGAAUUGGAAAACAUGGGCCAGCAAGCAAAGAAUAUGCGAUCCCAAGUAAAGAAAAGCAACGUGAAAGACAAAAUAAAACUGGCACAAAACUUCCUCCACAAGCUGAGAUUCUUGUCUGAUGAGCCUCAGCAUAGUGUUCCAGAUAUUUACAUAUGGAUGAUAAGCAACAACAAACGCAUUGCAUAUGCCCGCGUUCCCUCCAAAGACAUCCUCUUCUCUUCUGUAGAGGAAGAAACCGGAAAGGACUGUGGGAAAGUCCAGACCACCUUUUUCAAGCUCCCUGGUAAGAAAAGCUUUGGACCUGCAGGCUGGACCGUUCAGGCUAAAACUGAGCUGUAUCUGUGGCUCAGCUUGAACAGGCAGCGUAAGGACUACUUGAGCGGCCUACCAAAUGGGUUUGAGGAGAACAAGGCAGUAAAAGGGCCUGGCAUACAGUCCACACCCCCCAUCAGCCUGAUGUACACCAUGAAGCAGAUCUUCCAGCUGAGGGUUCACAUGUAUCAGGCUCGCAGUCUGUUUGCGGCCGACAGCACGGGCCUGUCAGACCCUUUUGCCAGGGUAUUUUUUUCUACUCACAGCCAGGUCACAGAGGUCCUGAAUGAGACGUUGUGUCCUACAUGGGAUCAGCUGCUGGUGUUUGAUAAUGUGGAGCUCUAUGGUGAGGCUGGUGAACUGAGGGAUGAUCCUCCUAUAAUCGUCAUCGAGAUCUAUGAUCAGGACACUGUCGGAAAAGCCGAUUUCAUGGGUAGGACAUUCGCUAAACCUAUAACCAAGAUGUCAGAUGAGCAUUAUGGGCCGCCACGCUUCCCUCCUCAACUGGAGUACUACCAGAUCUACCGGGGAAACGGCACUGCAGGAGAAAUGCUGGCGGCCUUUGAGCUGCUGCAGAUUGGACCAGCUGGAAAGGCCGACCUGCCCCCAAUAGAUGGACCUUCAGAUAUCGAUCGUGGUCCAAUCCUGCCUGUUCCUAUUGGCAUAAGACCUGUCUUGAGUAAAUACCGAAUUGAGGUUCUCUUCUGGGGCCUGAGGGACUUGAAGCGGGUGAAUCUGGCUCAAGUAGACCGCCCCCGCGUGGACAUCGAGUGUGCAGGGAAAAGCAUUCAGUCAGCGCUAAUUCAGAACUACAAGAAAAACCCCAACUUCAGCACUCUGGUGAAGUGGUUUGAAGUGGACCUGCCUGAGAACGAGCUCCUCCAUCCUCCUCUGAACAUCCGCGUGGUGGACUGCCGGGCGUUUGGUCGUUACACACUAGUCGGCUCUAAUGCCGUCACAUCUCUACGCAAAUUCAUUUACAGGCCAUCGGACAAAAGUGUCAGUAACUGGUCUGCCAUGGGUGUGUAUCCAGAGAAAAAAGCUGUCAAAUAUGUAUCUUCAGUUGAUAAGCUUAAAUGAUUGUCUCAUACACUCUAAAAAAUGCUGAUGCCAGAUGAUGAGAAAGGUGGGAAAGGGAAAAAGAAGCGGAAGAAGGGCGAAGAGGUGGAAGAGGAGGAGCUGGAUGAAAGCAUGCUGGACUGGUGGUCCAAAUACUUUGCCUCGAUUGAAACACUGAAAGAGAUCAUUAAAGCGCAGGAAGCAGAAGCUGAAGAAAAGGAAGAUUUUGACUCUGGAGAGGGGACCAAGAAGAAGAGAGGAAAGGGGAACAAGAACAAAGCCACGCCUGGGGAGGGAGCACCAGAGAAGAAGAAGCACAAAAUCGAAGAGUUGAAGAUGUUCAACAGAGAGCUUGAAUAUCAGUUUGACAGCUUUGAAGAUUGGCUUCACACUUUCAACCUUUAUCGAGGCAAGUGUUCGGAUGAUGCUAAUGUUGAGCAGAAUGCAGCUGAUGAAGACAGACUCAUUGGCAAAUUCAAGGGAUCCCUGUGCAUCUACAAAGUCCCAGUGUUUGAUGAGGUGUCCAGAGAAAUGGGCUUUGAUUCCAACAUGGGCAUGUUCCAGAACAUCCCACACAACGACCCCGUUAACGUCCUCAUCCGAGUUUAUGUGAUCAGGGCAACAGAACUGCAUCCUGCAGACAUCAAUGGGAAGGCCGACCCAUAUAUCGCCAUCAAGCUCGGGAAGACAGAGAUCAAGGACAAAGAGAACUACAUCUCUAAACAACUCAACCCUUUGUUUGGAAAGUCUUUUGAUAUUGAAGCGACGCUCCCAAUGGAUUCCACCCUCACCGUGUCCAUCUACGACUGGGAUUUGGUGGGAACCGAUGACCUGAUUGGGGAGACAAAGAUUGACUUGGAGAACCGUUUCUACAGCAAACACAGGCCAACCUGUGGUCUCAGCGCCAGCUACGCGAUUCACGGCUAUAAUGUGUGGAGGGACCCACUGAAGCCAACGCAAAUCCUUGCCAAACUCUGCAAAGAUGGAAAAAUGGAUCCGCCCCAGUACGGCCCCGGGGGACGAGUGAAAGUGGCGAACAGAGUUUACACGGGACCGACUGAAAUUGAGGAUGAAAAUGCACUGAAGAAACAGACGGAUGAGCACCUGGCUCUUGCUGUACUAAACCGCUGGGAAGAUAUUCCACAGAUCGGCUGCAAACUCGUCCCAGAGCACGUGGAGACGAGGCCUCUCCUGAAUCCGGAUAAACCUGGGAUGGAGCAGGGGAGGGUUGAGAUGUGGGUGGACAUGUUCCCGAAGGAUAUGCCUGCGCCUGGACCCGCUCUCGAUAUUUCACCAAGGAAGCCAAAGAAAUUUGAGCUCAGGGUGAUCGUGUGGAACACAGACGAAGUCGUUCUGGAGGACGAUGACAUUUUCACAGGGGAAAAAUCCAGUGACAUAUUUGUUAGAGGAUGGCUGAAAGGUCAACAAGAAGACAAGCAGGACACAGACGUCCACUAUCACUCUCUGACCGGAGAGGGCAAUUUCAACUGGCGCUUCAUUUACCCCUUCGACUACCUACAGGCCGAAGAGAAAAUCGUCAUCUCAAAGAAAGAGUCCAUGUUUUCUUGGGAUGAGACGGAGUAUAAAAUUCCUGCCCGACUGAAUUUGCAAGUGUGGGAUGCGGAUCACUUCUCUGCAGACGACUUCCUGGGUGCAAUUGAACUAGACCUGAAUCGAUUUCCUCGUGGUGCGAAGACAGCGAAGCAGUGCUCCAUUGACAUGGUGAUUAAUGAGCAAGACAUGCCCAUGGUCAACAUCUUCAAACAGAAGAGAAUUAAAGGCUGGUGGCCAUUUGUGGCACGAGAUGAAAACGACGAGUUGGAAAUUACAGGGAAAGUAGAAGCAGAGCUUCACCUGCUGACAGGCGAGGAGGCCGAGAAGAGUCCUGUUGGUGAAGGACGCAAUGAACCAGAGCCUCUGGAGAAACCAAACCGCCCCGACACUACAUUCCUGUGGUUCCUUAGCCCGCUAAAGGCAAUCCACCAUCUCAUCUGCAAACAGUACAAGUGGCUGGUCAUCAAAAUUGUGUUGGCGCUGAUGCUUCUUGCCAUUCUGGCCCUGUUCCUCUACAGUAUGCCUGGCUAUAUGGCCAAGAAACUCCUGGGGGUCUGAGAGAUUCAAUCAG